CAAAAUGACAUGGACGCGACACCAUGUAGAGGUAGCUGAAACGUGUGCUCAUAACCACCCCCACACGAGUCAUCUCACCGAGUGCAUCAGGGUUUUCAUCAAGGAUUCUUACUCUAAAACAUUUCAGUCUGGUAGCAGCGGUCAGAUGUUUGGAUGCAUGGUCAGCUGGGGCUUGGGGUGCAUUGUCUUCCCUCUCUGUCUUGGCGUCUUUCAGAUCGGUGUAUUCAAACCAUUAUCGGUGACAUCCUCUCAUCUGCUGGCUCCUGCUAUCGGCCUGGGUUCUGUUGCUCUGUCAGGCAUAGCUUCAUCAAUCACUGUCUUCACUGCAUACUCAAAUUACAAUGUAUCUGAAUCAAGAGAGCUGGAUGUGAGGUUCACAGAUCUAGUUUGCUAUGGACUUGGGUCUGCUGCAAUCUUCAAACUACUCAGGGGAAAAUUUUCAUCUGUUCUUCCAAGUACUAUUCUUAAACCAGGGGCGUUUGCAAGGAGAGGUAUUCCAGCAACAAAGAACUACGCUAGCAGUGGCAAGAAAGCAACAUUGGCAGCCAUUGGUAGUCGGCAUGGCUGUCACACGUGUGGGAAACGCUGGACCGCUAAGAGCUUCAUUGCUGACCACCAACCACCAUUAUCAUUACCAAAGAGAACGGAUAUUAUCCACACACUAUCCAAGCUGUUCCGUCCCCACGAGCCGGAGUAUCGCUUCUACCCCCAUUGUCCCAGCUGCUCACGGGUCCAGAUGACGUACCUUGGUGCGAUGGCCAACCAGCGCACCACCGACCUCACCAAAGGGCGCAUCGUGCGGAUGGAUUUCAAUCAUAUCGUCACGCACGCCACGUCAUUAAGACUCUACCACCUCUAUCUACCUCUCCCUGCGGUUCUGGCUGCUGCGUACAAUGCAUGUGCGGGAUAAACGGUCAUUCAGACUGGGCAUGACAAUACUCUGCAAUCGUUUUAUUUGCAAUGUGAACAGUGUUAGGAUCAUCUUACAUUCCAAUUUUACACAAGUGUAGUGACUUCCCUCCCCUUCUUUUUUCAUUCAUUGAUUCAUUGGGAACGCUGAUAAGUGAAAGUUUGAACAAUAUCACACGAACAAUAAGGA